CUGAUGGCCUGUAGGAGGCAGCACGAGCAGUCAGCCGGUAUACAAAGUAUUGAAAAAGAAGUGUUUCCGGGUGGCAGGUGGAUGUUUUGGUGUGGGUCGGGUUGAUUAGGUCGUUACAGGUUCUCCAGUAAACCGGUCCGUGCACACUUUGAUGCGCUCCCCUGAGCUCUGCUAGCCGGAUAUCAGUGUCGCCCCCCUCACUCGCUCCGACCCUGACAUGGCCUCCAGGCGGCCGGACAGCUUCGACGGGCUCGGGUACCGUGGCCGGGAUGACCCGCUGUACGGAGCGGGCUACCCGGUUCGGAGCGCCGGAGCCCCCGCCGAACCGCAGCUCCACCACUGGGUCACCACGCCGCCCGACAUCCCCGGCAGCCGCAACCUGCACCCUGGAGAGCGGACACCUCUUUUCGAUGACGCCCCGGGAGAGAUCGCAGGUUCUGCAAGCGGCUGGGAAGCUCCAAAUCCCAGCAGGCCCCCCGCUGAGCAGCUGAAUCGAUUCGCUGGCUUCGGGGUUGGAUUCGUCAGUCUGUUCACAGAGAACGUCCUCUCUCACCCCUGCAUCGUGUUCCGCAGACAGUGCCAGGUGAACUACCACGCCCGGUGUUAUCACCUGACUCCAUUCAGCGCUGUCGCUGUAAUGUACAGCAUCACCAAAGCUCAGGGUGUGAAGGCUCUGUGGAAGGGGAUGGGCAGCACAUUCAUCGUUCAUGGUGUUACGCUCGGAGCCGAGGGCAUCAUCAGCGAGUUCACGCCACUGCCACGGGAGCUUCCUCACAGGUGCAGCUGGAAACAGGUGGCUGGGCAUUUGCUGCUUAAAGGAUUAACGGCAGUCGUCGCUCUUCCAUUUUACUGUGCCAGCCUCAUUGAGACCGUGCAGAGCGAGAUUGUGCGGGAUGAGUCGUCCUCUGGCCUGCUGGACUGCGUCCGUGAGGGUGUUGCUCGACUGCUGGGUGUCGGCGCACCUCACAGUCGUCGCCUGCUUCCUCUCAGAUGCCUGCUGCUUCCCGCUGCGCUGCAUGCCAUCCUGCGCUAUGCCGUGGCUACCUCCAUCCAGCGGGUGGUGCUGUGGCUGCACCAGCGUAGCAAGAAGCAGCGGGCAGAACCAUCCAAUCCACUGGAUGCCUACUUCCCUGAGCUGGCGGCAUCUUGGGCAGGUUCUCUGGUAGCUGACGUGGUGUUGUUUCCUCUUGAGACGGUGCUACAUCGCCUGGCUCUGCAGGGUACGCGCACCAUCAUUGAUGCCACCGAUGGAGUGGUUGCGGUGGGAAAUGGCGGGAGCCCGCUGGUAGUGCCCGUAAACACGCAGUAUGAUGGCUUCUCUGACUGCCUGCACGCCAUCAGCCGCAAGGAAGGCGGGGCUGGCUUCUACCGAGGUUUUGGCGUGCUGGUAGCCCAGUAUGCUUUGCACGGAGCGCUGCUGGCCGCCGCCAGGACGCUGAUGAGGGUGCUGCUGCUGGAUGCCAAGGCCAGCUAGGUUGUUACUACAGAGACUGUUGUCAUGACAACAGGACAUUUCUCAUCUUGUAAAUGAGACGAAAAAGACCUGCUCGUGUGACGACAUCAGCACUUGAGUCCUGUUACCUAGCAACCACUAAGAAUCACCAGAUUGUGUCACCUCCUCCCCAAUGAUGUCACUUCCUGCUUAUGUUUGGACAAACAGUGGUGGCAGUUGUUUUCCUUCACGUAAACUGAGCAUCACUUCCUGUGUUUUUGUUCAGCUCUGACAGCUGAUUGGUCGCCCACUACUGCUAUACAAACAAACAUGUAAACAGAUGUUUUUGUAUAAAGUUGUAAAAAAAAUUGAAAAAAGUUCAGUGUAGAUUUAGACUAAAUUAUUUCUGAUCGAUUGGUCUCUAAAGCGAUACUUGGAUGAGAUGAGCCUGGCUUUUCAAAAUAAGUGUCUGUUUAAGCUGGUGUAAGGUGUAACGGUGUCUGUAAAUGUUUAAAUGUGAAAUAAAUCAAUGUUAAUUUGA